UUAGCUGAUGGCGAUUUCAAUGACGUCGAAUUGCCGAAGAAGCGUGCAAUGGUGGAAGCACGGAAGAUUCGAGAAAUCUAUGAGAUUGCUGAAGAAGACGAAACGUUGGCGACCAGUGGUGCACCGUUCUGGGUGAAGGAAAAGAGGACCGGCGAUGAAUUCUUGGCUCAAUUGAAACCAAUCGAUGACGCACUCCAACGCAAUGUCGACAUGUACAACACCGUAGACCAUGAGAAUAUCGUACGAUUCCAUGAAGUCGUCAAAGAUGAGAAACUUGCCAUGGUCGUCUAUGAGGAGUAA